AUGAGCCUUUUCGCAACAUCAAGGGCGUUGGCCUUCCGUCCGAGGACAUUCGCGACCAUCCAGAGCCCCAUCGCAGCAUCAUGGCGCCGCAACUACGCAACAGACCCUAAGCAGAGCNNGGGAGGCGCUGGACCCAACAUGAACCAGCAAGAGCACAUCAGCGAGGAGGCAGCAAAGAUUGAAAAGAUUCGAGGAGGCUCAGGACCGGAUUUGGAAAUGGGCACACCGGUGCAGGAGGUGUGUCAAGUGCAGCGUUGUGGAUCGAGUGGACAGAGACUAACAAGCCGCAGNCUGCUCGAGGAAGACAAGGAGGCACAGAAGAAGGCACCCCAAGUGCUCAAGGACAGCAUCAAGGCUGGCGCCACNCCUCCCAAGCCUUCGACAACCCGUUCAUUCUCGACAUACGCCCGCCGCAACCAGGAAUUGAGCCAGCACAACGACAACCCUUUCGAUGAUGCUCUGAUCGCAAACACAAACUUUGGUGCUCAGGAACUCUCUGGACCUGCCACUCCUGUUACUGCUGCCCCGUCNGGCCACAAGUUCGGCUUGCCCGCCCUGCCACUGCCCAGCAAUGCACACAAAGACUACCGCUACGACCCCGUGGUGCGCCAGUUCACCAACCUCAUGAUGCAGCAUGGCAAGCUCAGUGUCGCCCAGCGCAACAUGUCUACCAUCCUGACACAUCUGCGCACCCAGUCUCCUCCCAACUACAGUCCCAGUAGACCUCUUCUUCCCGGUGCCCCACCACCAUCCCACCUUCCUUUGAACCCUGUCCUUUACCUCACACUCGCUGUUGACAGCAUUGCUCCUCUUAUGCGUAUUCGUUCGCAGCGUGGUGCUGCCGGUGGUGGUGUCGCCUUGCAGAUCCCUGUCCCAUUNGGUCUUCGCCAACGCCGUCGCACUGCCUUCGAGUGGAUCCUGGAUGCUGCUUCCAAGCGCAAGUCACGCGGCAGUGGCCGUGACAUGUUUGCUCUACGUGUCGCCGAAGAGAUUGUUGCCAUCAUCGAGGGCCGCAGCUCUGCUUGGGAGAAACGUACUGGUAUCCACAAGAUCGCAACUACUGCCAGAAGUAACCUGGGCUUUGGCAGAGUCGGUGGUCCCAGAAGGUAG